AUGGGCUGCAAUAACACAAAGAAUGCCGUGCCGCACGGAAGCGCGGGCGCGGCAGGUUCCGAUAGGCGAGGCCACAGCGCUGUGAACGGUCUCUCUGCCGUCUCCAGCGCCUACAAUGGCCGGGGCGUGAGGGACCAACUCCAUUGGUCCCAGUGCCACUUCUGCGCUAGGCGCAUUCCUGAGAAGGAGCUCAACGCCCACACUGUCAACUGCGACGAGCGUGAAGUGACCUGCGUGAACUCGUGGUGCCGCCAGAUUGUGAAGCAGGGGCUGAUGCAGCCGCACCUUGACGAGUGCAACAAGAAGCAGCAGGCGAUGUGCUACAAGUGUGGGGCAGUAGUGCCUGCCACCGAGAUGCCGACCCACCGGGACAUCUGCCAGCCACAGCGGUGCGCCGCGUGUGGUGAGCUCUGUAUCACGCGUAUCAUGAAGUGGUGCCCCAGUAAUUUUGUCACUCACAUCAAAAUCACGCAUGGGCCCUUCGCUACGGAGACUUUGCUGGCCCGGCACGCAAACGGUAUCAACCAGGGCAAAGAUGGGGCAGAUGCGGCAAGGGGGCGCGUUAGCUACAAUGUGGCACGGAUGCAGCUCCUGUGGCGAUGGAUGAAGGCUAAGUUGUACCUUGAGGAAACCAUGUUUCGCCUAACCUUUAGGGAGCUGGACCUCAAGAAGGAGGGGUUUGCCAUAUUUAAGGCACGCGAUGAUGUGAAUCAAUCCCGUGUUUUGGUUCCAAAGCGUUCACGCUCCGUAAUUCAGUGUGUUACGGCACCAGCCAUCUCCUCACACUACAUCCCAACUUCUGCGUCAGAGCCUAUUACUGUUCAACUCAUUCAAAGACUCAUCAGAGAGCUUGCACAGCAUGUGCUACCCCCACAACCCUCCGCCUGGCGUAUUUUCACCCAGGCUCUGAGUCUACUUAACACCAUGCCAAACGUUGUGCGUCUUGACCCCCCCGUUGGGGCACGCGUCUCAAACGGAAUGGUUGUUCAAGGCUCAAAAAUUAUUGUGGUUGGAGAUCUGCAUGGGCAGCUAGGGGACCUCCUGUACAUACUCAAGGAGUGUGGUAUGCCAAAUGAAGGUACGUAUUACAUUUUUAAUGGAGACUUUGUGGACCGUGGCCCCCAUGGUGUGGAGGUGUUGCUGAUUCUUUUCUCGCUUCUUCUGGCCUGUCCCAGAUACGUCGCCCUGAACCGUGGCAAUCAUGAGUGCGAUUACAUGAAUGACGAGUAUGGAUUUGAUGUCGAGGUCAGCACUAAGUAUGAUCGGAACAUGUUUCGUCUCAUCCAGCGCUGCUUCUGCGCCCUGCCUCUUGCUACCACCAUUGGAAAGAAGGUGUUCGUUGUGCAUGGCGGUUUGCCACGCCGCAAGGGCGUGACGCUAGCAGACAUUGGCCGGAUUCAGCGCUUUCGUCAGAUUCCAAUGCCGGAGAACUCACAACCAGAGGAGGAUGAACUUUUCCAGGAUUUGCUGUGGUCAGAUCCGGUGGAGGACAUGCAUGGAUGGCGUGAAAGCGUGCGGGGUGCGGGGGUUCUCUUCGGUGCCGACCUCACCCACGAGUUUCUGAAGAACAACGGCCUUGAACUUAUCGUGCGGUCCCACGAGGAGUGCCUGAAGGGCUACGAGGAACACCACAACAAGAAGCUUCUCACUGUGUUUUCCGCCAGCAACUACGAUGGACCCGAGUCAAACCUGGGCAGCUUUGCCGUCUUUAUCGGUGACAAUCCCGAGCCGGAGUGCCACCCAUUCCGCGUCGAGGAGGAGGACGAGUAUGCGCAGGCCAUCGUUGACGUUACCGAGCCAUUCACACCAACCCUGGCAAGGUCCGUCACCCUCCCAACACCUUUUCCGUCAAGCAUUCUCCUGCGGCGACGGACGAGGGACGAGGUGCUUCGCGUGUUGCGCGAGCGCAUCUACCAAAGGCGACAUCGACUCCUGUCCUACUUUGCGAAGCUUGACCGCACCUGCAAAGGCUCCGUCUGGAAGAUUGAGUGGACAGAGGCGAUGCGCAAUGUACUUAACUUAGACCUUCCGUGGUUCUUUCUGCGCGGCUACCUUGUAGCUGAGGACGAGAACUCACGCAUCUGGUACUCGCCCUUUCUGGAGAAGUUUCACAACUUUCUUCAACCGCUUUGGCUCAAUGAUUGGAUGGAAGGCGCACUGUAUAGCUUGGUAAUGAAGCAACGAGCAGGUCAUCGCACCCAAUCCGUUUCCGUGGCGUUUGGAAAGGGGAUGGUCAACUACACGGAUUUCUGCUCCGUCAUUCGGGUCGUUGACUACACGACAAGUGAGGCGCAACUCUUUCAAAUAUUUAUUUACUUAGACAGGGAAGGCAAGGGCCAGAUUGAUGGAACGAAGUUUCUGGAGUUGCUCGCCGAGAAGGCGACGCGUCCUGUGCCUGACGCCCUGCGCUGGGACCAUGAAGCGAUGGAGCAGCUACAGAACGUCGUCAUCCAGGCCCGGAGUCAGCUGCCGUACCUCUUCAACGUGUCCGCCACGGACCGCGCUCUCACCCCAGAGAGGUUUUUUUCGGGUAUCACGCAGCUUUGCCGCGGGAUGCGGAAGGAUCUGACCCAAGCGCAGAAGGAGAAGAUUUAUGAAUUCCUGCAGGAGCGGGCACCGCAACCUGGUGUCAUGUUUGAGCACUUUUUGUUUGUCACGGCCGUGUUUGAUGUGCAUGCGCUCCCGUGGUCCGCCUCGAUACAUCCCGACGACGUCCACAUCAUGCUACCAAGCCUGGGCAACCACAGCUUUGUCGUUCGAGACGAAGAGGCGACGUGGGAGUGA